AGCGAGCGCUUGCUACCUUGGCGUGCUAUCUAAGCACACUGAAGUCUCUAAGCCAGCGGCCAGAUGGUUACAGUUCAUAGACUUGGUGUUGGGAAAUUCCAAUCACGGGAAAUUGUGUGGCUCUAUUGAAAGCAAGUGCAAUCCUUCCACAAACAUGACAUCGACAGCGAUCAGCGUCACGCGUGAUUCCAUCACAAGGGGAGACAACUUGAUUCAACAAUCCUCCAUGGAACAUUCUAACAGCUCAUCUAUUGCGGCUAGCAACAUGACCAACUACACGGCAUCUUUCAACGACACAACUACACCGGAGUACGUGCAGAGCGUCCACGACAUCACGUACGAUUUCAACAUCCGUCGUAUUGUCCUCUUCCUCCAGAUUAUCCUCGGGGCUAUCGGGGGCUUCCUCGUCAUUCUGUGGAUGUGGCACAACCGACGACAAAGGUCCCGUGUUAACGCUCUGAUCUUGAACCUAUGCGUGAGCGACUUGUGUGUUGUUUUCUUCGCUCUGCUUCCCCAACUCGUAUGGGAGUAUGUUGAGCGAGAGUGGAUGGCAGGGGAAGUAAUGUGCAGACUUGUCAAAUUCAUGCAAAGCUUUGCUUUGUUCGCUUCAGCCAACAUGCUUGUCAUCAUUGCGUUGGACAGGCAUCAAGCAAUACGGGCACCUCUGAGGGAACCACGCAAAGUGUGGAUGAUGACUGGAUGGGGUUGGGGUGCUGCUGCGGUUCUGUCCAUUCCUAUGAUGUUCGUCUUUCACCUGAAAUUCAACGAGCAUGAAAAUAUGAUGAAAUGUGAAAAUAUUUUCCGAGGCAAGGCUCCAUGGCACAGACAGGCCUUCAUAACUUACGCUGCCAUAUUUGUAUUUUUGCUACCUCUCAUCAUCUUGGUAGUCUGCUAUGUACGAAUCUUUACAAAAAUUGCUCAAAAAGCCUCGGAAAACAAGACAUCACGACGACAAAGCUUUAAACCUGGGAAAAUCCACCUUACAAGUACCGGAAACACGUCUCUUCCGAAAGCAAAGAUCAAAACUCUGAAAAUGACAGUCGUAAUCGUGGCUGCUUACAUCAUCUGCGGGCUGCCGUAUUUUGUUGCGGAGAUGAUAAUGUCCUAUGGCAAUUUCAAAAUUUUGGAAAAAAAUAUUUACGGAAUACUUGGAGGCAUCGCAGCUGCCAACUCGUGCGCCAAUCCGUUUGUGUUCCUGCUCUUUAACGCCAACUGGCAAUGUGUCCGGGGCCUGAAGCUGUGCCCAAUGCAGACAGAGGCCACAAAGAGAAGCUUCAUGUAUUCAACAGCCAGUACCAGAUCAGAAUAUUCAACAGGUUAUGCUAGAGGAACUCCGAUUACUGCGUCUGAUACGUACGAGAUGUCGACUGUUCGAGUCCAUUAAAUCUUGACAUUUCAUUGGAAGAUCUUGAUCUGAACAGCGUCCAUAAAUGUGUGUUAUGGUAUUUUGAUGAACCAAGAUGAACAUCCGAUCAAUGACAAUAUUAUAGAAAUAGCAUCUUCCCGAGGCUAGGGAGUUAAAUGACAGUAUAAGUCAAGUUUCCACUCUUGCCGAACUAAGCUGGAAUUAUGGAGAUAUAUUUUGGCUGGACUAACGAG